AUGGAAGUAACACAAUUUCAAGCAGUGCAGUAUUGCUUUCAGGCUGACAACUCAUCUUGUAUUAAAGAAGUGCGAUCUACAGUCACCUAUGUGGUGAUGUAUAUUUCUGCAGCAGCAGUCCUGAUACUGACAGUGUGUGGAAACUUGAUGGUGAUCAUUUCUAUUUCUCACUUCAAACAGCUCCACACACCAACUAACCUCCUCCUGCUCUCUCUGGCUGUGGCAGACUUUCUAACUGGACUGACUGUGUUGCCCUUUUGCUUAUUUUUUUUAAUAGAGACCUGUUGGUAUUUUGAUAAAAUUAACUGCAUAUUUUACAACACAAUUGGUUACAUCAUAUUUUCUGUUUCAGUUUAUAAUGUCGCUUGUAUAGCUAUAGACCGGUAUUUGGCUGUGUGUGACCCUUUACUUUAUUCCACCAAAGUAACAGUAAAAAUGACAAGAUUGUUUAUAGUGUUUGUGUGGCUGUUUGCAGUCCUAUACAAUUUGGCACUAAUUUAUUUUAAUGGAAAUAUUAGCAGUACAGGAAAAACAAAUAUAUGUCUUGGAGAAUGUAAGUUUGGGAUCAGUGAAGCCUGGGGUAUAGCUGAUUUAAUUACUGUAUUUAUUCUGCCAUGCUCUGUGAUAUUAUUAUUAUAUGGAAAAAUCUUUGUUGUGGCUAGAAGGCAUGCUAAAAUUACUGGCCUCCCCGCACCUGUUUCCCAACGGCCUCUGGAGUCCCCGGGGUCCAGCACCUGGCACUCCCGGGCGAUGUGCCCCCUCUCCCCACAGCAGUGGCAGAUGACCAGCCGUUGUCACUCCCCCAGUAGUGCCUCGCUGGCUGUCUCCUCCUCCCCAUCUUUCCGGUGCGGCCAGCAUCACGUGGGGCUGCACCUCAGUCGGCGCCAGAGCCCAGAGGAACGCCCGGAGCGCUAUCUCCCGGUGGGCCUCCUCUGGGAGAGUAGGGAAACCCUGGCGGGCUAA